AAUCACCAGGAGUUAAGGCUUGUGUUCACUUAACAACUCCCCUGACGACUGUAGGUGUUUUCGAAACUUAACUUUAAAAACGUAACUUGUUAACUAGAAAAUAGACCGUUUCCGCGCAUGGAAGACAAGCUGGUCACGCGACUCUUUCCUGUCCUUUAUGUCCAACAGAACGCGAGUGAAGCAGAGUGUAUCUUUACCGGGAAUUUUGCGUGCUGUGCCCCGUGAUGCUUGCGAUUUUACCAGUGUGUUUAUGCUGUUGCCUCUUUCUUCAUGCCGUCACCCCGCCGGUCACCGGAGCGGUACGCAACAGGUUGAAUUUUCCCACAAAGUUAAGGAAGUCAGAUGAGAAGGGGGGCACCAUCGCCUUGGAAACAGUGGUCAGGCCUCCUGUUGCCCUCGGUAACGGCUUAAGAGAGCGACACAGCGUCUGGAGGGUCCUCCUGAAGAAAGGACCCCCACUGAGAGGGCCCAGAGAAGUGCCUGUCCAAAAUAGUGUACCCACAGAUGGAGAGGACCUGAUGGAAACCAGGCACAGAGGGUCACGGGUGCGGCGCCAUGUCAUUGUGAGGUCGCGGAGUCAUCGGCAUGGCAACCUGAUGCGUGUGGGGUGUGUUCUGGGCACGUGUCAGGUGCAGAACCUCAGCCACCGUCUGUACCAGCUGAUUGGCCAGACAGGGAGGGAAGAGACCUCCCCCAUCAACCCGCGGAGUCCCCAUAGUUACGGAUGAGGCGCCACGGCAACUAAUCCACAAACCAUAAACUGUUAGCGCAUCUGUCUGUAGUAGGGGAAGAUCAUAUUAUAUUUGUAUAUACAUACUGUAUGUCUACUGUGUGUGAGUAUAUAUGUCUACUGUGUGUGUGUGUGUGUGUGU